AGUAAACUACGUUAAAUGGUCGACAUUUCGGGUUGAAAUCGAAUUUUAUGAAAAUUCGAUAGUUUGAAAAUACCUAGAGUAUUGGAGUUUUAUACGAUCGUUUUCAAGAAUGUGGUUAAAGUUAAAUCAGUGAAUGAUCUUGGAAGUUUGUGAUUAAUUUAAAAGCAUCAUGUCAUCAAAAGUAAAAUCCCCAGGAAAAGAGUCAUCAAGAGAGAGAAGAACAAAAAGUGAUGGUGAAGGUUCCACACAUGCUGAGGGCUCUUUAUCUCAUAGCCCCACACCAGAUGUCUGUGAAGGUUCCACACAUACAGAGGGCUCUUUAUCUCAUAGCCCCACACCAGAUGUCUGUGAUGCUACUGUUACAUGCAAAGAUAGUGUUGUUACUCCUUUCUCAGAAACUGUUGAACCAGUUCUCAGUCUUCCUCCAGAUACAGCUUUGCCUAUGAUCCCUGUAAAUGUCGAUGAGAUACCCUUAAGUUCUAGACCAUCCUUAACCGAGUCUGACGUAGCCCACAGCACUAAUCCGGCAGAUUGUGAAACAUAUCCCAGCCAUUCUACUACUAAUGUUUGUGUAAUGAGUAGUCAGUCGCUAAAAAUACCUUCUGUGGAUGCACAAGAAGUAACUAAAUCUUCAACCAAGCAAUGCUCACGAAAAUCAUCUACAAGGAGUGAGUUACAGUCUUCAAGAGUAUAUCCAAAAGGGGUUCCCUUAGAGGUAUCAUCCAGAGGCAAAACAUUGAAAAAACCCCAGAAAGUUGUUCAGCCAGCUGAAGGAUAUUUGGCAGGUGUUGCAGAAUCACUUUCCACCAAAAGCAAAAGACCUGGUGCUUCAGUGAUUCCAUCUCGGAGAAGUAUGCCACCAUGUAAAGUUCCUGUUACAAGUGCACCACCUUCCCAUCGACCUGCUACUGUUACUAUCUCUUCAAAUCGAGGUACUGCUUCAGGUGCACUCCUCUCAAAAGGUUCUGGAAUUGAUACGCAGAGAGGUACUGCUCCAGCUGGGACUUCCUCACAGAGAGGUGCUGCACCAACUAUGGCUGCUUCACAAAGAGGUGUUGUGCCAACUGGUGUAUCCUCUCAAAGAGGUGCUGUCCCAACGAGGGCAUCACGGAGAGCAUCUCUCCCAACUAGGCCAUCCUUUCACAGACAUGCUGCUUGUUUAUCUUCACAGAAAGGUUCCCCAGUGUCCUCGCAAAGUACUGGAUCAACUGUAGUUGCCACCCGGAAGGGUAUGGUAUCAGAAAGGUCUUCAAUGGCCGAUAAAUUACCAGCCUUAACACAAAAAGGGUCUGUGACAAGAGAGAGUUGUUCGAAAGGAGUUUUUCCUAGAAUAGGAAAGGCUGAAAAAAUUAAAACUACUGAUGUUAGAGCCUCUUCAAAAAUUCGAUCAGCCACAUCAAGUUAUGAUUCAAAGCCUUUAAAAUCUGUUGCCAAACCUGGUCAGGUAUCAUCACAGACUGAGAAGCAGAAAGAGAAAAUUUGCAAAAGAAGUGGAAUUUCACAAAAGGGGGUAAAAUCCCAAAGCUGCUCUUCAAAGGGCACUUCUUCCUAUGAAAGUCAAACUUUGCAAGAAGUUUCAAAAUCUGAAAUUAUUGCUGAUGGUACUACAGCAUCAACAAGUUAUGCAGUAGUGUGUACAGCAUCCUCUUCAAGCCAUUUUUCAGAAAGUAUUAGCUCAAAUCUUGAGUAUGCAGCAUCCUCUUCAAGCCAGUCUUCAGAGAGUAGUACUCAUUACCCAGGUCCCACACCAGAAAGCUUUGUACCAUCAGUAUAUCUUUCCCCAGGCAAGAAUUUGCCAUCAGAAAGCAGCACGCCUGAAUCAGUUGUAUCAUCUGGUACCUUUGUUCCAGUGCUGGCUGAUGAAACAGUAAUGCAGUAUCAGAGUACGAAAUUGACCUGUGGUACGCCAAGUAGAGAUGAGGAAACUUAUGUUCAGGCUCAAAUUUUUCCUUUUCUUGGUUUAAAAGAAAGUUGGGAGGGAAUAAAUGGUGGUACGACAUUCAAAAUUCCUCUCAUUCGUAAGAUAGAACGCCCUAUAAAAUGUGGGCCUGUGAAUGAGCCCAAAGAUUGCUGUUCACAAGUAUUUUAUGGACUAGCAAAAAGGAUAGUUGAAGUUACUGUAUCAAUAUUAGAAUUUUGCAUGCCAGUAGAUGAGUACUUGUAUGAUGAUGGAAUAGUCGUAAAGCAUAACUAUUAUAUAUUAGAAGAAAUGGACUCGCUGGUGGAAGAAGAUCAUGAUAGGAGAAGAGUGUUGGAACUGUUAAAAAGGCUGAGGAAUUGGUAUAAUGAUGAGGUGCUGAGAACUCUCUAUGCUUGUGGUUAUUUUAAAGAUAUGAGUGAUGCUAUUCUAGAUGUUCUUGAUUGUAUACCAACUACAAAAUGUGAACCCUUCCAUCGCCUGACAAUUCAGCUCCUCUAUUGCCAAGAUGUAGGAGUUUUAGGUCAAGAUAGCACCUUAGAGAUGUAUGCUGUGGAACCUUGUAAAAGGUAUGCCAGGUUUUUGAAGCUGUUUAUUCCUUUUUAUCUUACUAACUUCAACACAACUGGUUUAACAUUCACACAUCCUGCUCCGCUUGUGGUAAUUAUGAAAUACUCCCCCAUAAACUACUUUCAUUCUUAUGUGGACACCGACGAAAUAAUAAUGCAGUGCAUAAAAAGGUUUUGCCUAGAUGUAAAGGAAAUUCACUUUGAAAGCCGAAUGUCCGAUCCAUGUAGGGUAUCAGAGGAAACCAUGUUUAAUAUGUUCUUUGGAAAUCAUGACAGGAUGUUUGUGUUAGGGAAGAUUGGUGAACCUGACAACAUUGCCAUGAGCUUUCAGCAUUUAAGGAAAUUAAGAUUGAGCUUCCCCAGCAUAAAGUAUGAUGAAUUAAUCUUUUGUUUGAAGUACUUUUACUCACAUGUUGAGCUUGAAUUUGCCAAAAGUAUUAAUUAUCCUUCGAAGAGUCUCACUUUACUUAAAGAUUGCCUUGAUCUUCCUCCAUAUCUUAGUGGGAAAGAGGAAAAUGUGUGGAGUACUGUUGAAUUUGAAGUCCAAACAGACGUAUUUAGGAUUGAUGAGAAAGACAUUGAAUUUGAAAGUCUCUUCCCCAAAAUAAGAAACAUUCAUUUCAUUUAUUUCAUGAAUGUCCUUACCCCUAAUCAUAAAUCACAGUUUCAGGACAUGUUAAGACUAUGUCAUUGCAGACAUGUUGCCCUUAGGUUGCCAAUCAUAGAUCAAUUAGUCAAAGGCAAAGUUUAUUGGACAGAAUUAUUUGAAGGUGUGGGGAGCUCAUUAAGUGAAGUUCAUAUAGAUAUGAAGGCAAAGUUGCAUGUGAAGGAACUAAGUCAAGUACUAAAUGGGUGCCCUAAUUUAGAAACACUUUCUGUAAGUGUUGCAGACUUUAUCCCAGUAGAUCAGUCAGAGCAGUUAGAGCUUGGCAAAAUGAAAAGGUUGAAGUAUCUCAGUUUAGGUGCCUCCGAUUGGGAGAUUUUCGAUUAUGUCACUUCAGAGCCUGUUAUUAGCUUGAUCAUUGACAAGACUGAAGGUUUAGAGGUCUUGGAACUAGAUGGAAUUAACAGUAGUAUAUUUGAUGCUCUGGUUGCAAAUGGUUCUUUAGAAAAAGUAAGUGUAGUGAUUAUGUCUCCUUCAUCUCCUUUAGAGGCUUUUAGGGAGUCAGUGAAGAGUUUAAGUAAAUAUUUAAUUUUGAAGUUCUACUAUAUUCAUGGUGAAGACUAUAGCAAUUUCAAACAUAGUUUUAUUAGGAGUAGAAUAAGAAUUGAAUAUUGUGAAGGAAGACAGAUAGGGUUACAGAAUCCAUACUGUGAACGCAAGUAAAAUACAGUAACUGUAAGCCUGUCUUUUUUUUAUUUUAAAUUAAAGGUCUUGGAAAGUUUGUUUCUUGGAGAGUUUUGUUAUUUAAAUUUUUGUACUUCAAUGAACAAUUUAAAAAUAUAAGAAUCUGUAUUGAAAGAUAUGAAUUAUUUGUGAUUUAUAAUAGAGUAUUGAUUUUGUGAUA